AUGGCUGAAGUGGUGGAAACCCCCGAGAAUGCACCAGCGGGUGCCAGUCUCGACCGCGAAGAGCAGCCGGUAUGCUCGACCAACACCGAUUCCGAUGCACGACCAAGUUCCUCCGCCUCUUCAUCUCCAGUGCAUCCAAUCUCUCAACUGCAGGGUCCCUUUGAAGAGUCUCUAGCCGAAGCUACCCAGAGCGGGGCCAGUCAGUGGGUCGUGGAACUCGAUGCCCAGACACGUCGGCGGGAUCUAUUGGAAAAUGAUGAGUAUGAGCGAUUGUGUGGGAGGAAAUGGCGGCAGCGGACGGUUGAAAAAUACCAUCCAUUCUGGAAGCUGGUCUCCCAGAUGGUAUUCGGUGUACACCUACUAGCCAAACGACAAGCCAAAUCCCCCGCUGCCGUAAUGCAAAUUCUCCAAGGUCACGUCGACGAGCUGGACGGCUUCCUCCAACGAACAACGGAAGACUUUCUCAUCGUCCAUCUGGACGUACGCACUCGAAUUCAGUACCUCAGCCUCCCGCUCGGCAAUCUCGCUAUCUUCGACGAGAUGCUCGAGGAUCGCAAUUUCCGACUGGCACUGGUCUCCUACAAUGACCAAAUCGAGCAUGCCGUUGAGCGAUUCACGCUCGCAAUUACAGAUGCACUGAAAGAUUUGCGAAAGGGCAAAGAGGCUAUGGGUGCUUUGUGGCAUUAUUUGCAGCAACUUGGGAAUGAGGGGUGUUUUGAGACGGAUAGUCUUGGCGCCUUCUAUCAGGCUAUGAUGGAGAAUAUGGAGGGUUGGGUCGUGGCGUUGUCUAAGCUGCGUCGACGUGGAGCCGCGCUGCAAAAGGCACUCGGUCAGCUUGCUUUUGCGGUUACUGAAAUGCAGAGGCGUGUGGGUUUGGCGAGUCGAAAGGACGUGCACUCACUCAUCAAAACGGCCAGUAGAGCCCCUACUCGGUCCAUGUCAGUCCGACAAAGGCUCUUUGCAAGGAGUCCUGGACCAGGAACUCCAGGACGACGAGCAUCCGAAAAGCCGCUCCCUCGCGAUCCAUUAUCAAGACCCAAGCCCCGACCUGCCUCGCGGAAUCUCGACGACACCCUCGUCGCAGAGCAGAGCCGUACAGAUCCCAGCGGACCCAAGCCUUCCAGACGAAACAGCAUUGUGCCCAGGAUGCUCAGCCGUGCAAGAUCAUGCAGCGCUCUCGUAGGAGCAACCCCCAGCAAUACCGACAAUCCAUCCCCACCACGCACACCAUCCCGACUUACCAGGAAACUCUCACGACCUUUCAUCCCCAAACGAUCUGUCAGCAACAAAACCAAUAUCAACAUCAACACCAACACCCCCAACAGACCCUCAACAGCGCCAGCACAAACUCUCAAAACCCGCAGCGCCUCAAUAGAACAACUCAAAGCACUAUGGGCCACCAACCGACCCCGAACCCAACAUUCAAUGGCCAAACCACCAACACGCCCACAACCCUCCCACCAAAAGAACCCACAACCAGACAACCUCGACACAAUGAAAGACCAAAUCUCUCACUUCCUCAAAACAGACCGCGUCGUCGAAGCAUGGGAUAACAUUGCCAAAACAGCAACCUGCUGCGGCACAACCCUAGCAAAAACCAAAGACUGGCCAAGCAGCAUCUUCCGCACCAAAUCCUCCGAGAACCUACACGGCUCUAGCACCGGAGCUGGAGCCGGAGGCAGAGCCGGGAACGGAACAGGACCAGGACUGUCCAGCACGAAUCUCGAAAGACAAAUGUCCUGGACGCAGGAACCAGAGUUUUUGAGCACGUACACCUUCAAACAACGACCGGAGACAUCGCCCCGGGUUCAUGUGCUGUCCAUCGCUAUUGACGAGGAAUUGGAGAAGAGUUUUGGUGCGCGGGUGAGUAUGGGUAUUGGUGAUGAUGUUGAUGUUGGGGAGCGUGGUGACACGGGGUCGAUUAUUACUGCGUUGCCUGCUGUACCUGUUCCUGUGUCUGUUCCUGUGUCUCCUCGCACGCCGGCGAGUAUUUCUUCUGUUGGGGUUGGGACUGCGACUGCGGCUCGGACUGAGUAUAGGCCGCGGACUGUUGGUGCGCAAGCUUGA